CAUGCUUGCCAAAGCAAAAGAAGGGGUGGGUUGCAAUAAAGAAUGGAGAAAAAGAAAAGAAGCUGCACAUCUUAGAGUUACAAAUUGCAGAAAAAGGGGUCUUCUUCCUUCUCAACCCAAAUGAGACUUCUCUGCUCUCCUUCUCCAGCUCUCCCAUACUCACUCUCCACUCUGCUUAGUUCAUGCAAGAUCCAAAGAACUCAAACACUACAAGGAAGCCCUGGUAUCAAAGAGCAAUGGAGAUGGCGACACUAUGGAAAACCAUUUCCAAGUCCACAGGAAUCCCAAGUAGGAGUACAAAUGGUAGAGUAUGGAAAAGCAUUUCCAGAACCCCAGAAAUGGCGAGUAGUACUACUGCUGCAAAUUCUAAUAAUUAUUACAGAAACAAGCUAAGAAAAUGUACCUCUCUCAAGGUUGCCACUUCGUUUACUAGAGUCUGUCUUUGUGCGCCAAUCUCUUCCUACAAUGAGGUUUUCCGAGCUGAGGUUCCGCCGAGAAGAAGCAACAGUUACCCAAGAUCAAAGCCGUUUCCUCCGAUCUCACAAGAGAAAAGUAUAAUUCCCAGCGCAAGGCUUAGCGUGGAAGGUAGAAGAGUUUUCCGGGGAAAGUCGUUGACCGAUGAUGUUUUGAUGAGAAGAUUUGUGGUUGAAGAAGAAGCGAUGAUGCAGAUUAGAAGGAGAAAUCAAAUGGAAGUCAUAAGGAGGAGGAGUGUUAUGAGAAGGAAGAAGCUUGGGCCUAGUCGUCUUAGUAGAAUGGUUAUGGCAGCUGUGGAGGAACAACCUUAAUUUUUUUUUUUUUUUUUUUUUUUUCAUUUU